AGUGUUCGAACCAACCACGAAAAGCAACUUUUAUUCAUACGAUUUUGUUUCAUUUUUGUUUCGGCGGCUUGCGUAGUUCGACAACUUACAACACUGAAGAACAUAAACAAUAAAGGCGCCGAAAUGAAGCAAGUCGAAACUAAACAAGAAAUGGAGCAAGCAGAAAUUAAACAAGAAAUGGAGCAAGCAGAUAUUAAUCAAGAAAUGGAGCAAGUAGAAAUUAAACAAGAAAACAUAACUAUCGUGGAAACUAAGGAAAAUGUGGAGCCACCAAAUAAGAUAAACUCAUUAAAAUCAUUGGGACCCUUCAUAGCAGCACGAGACAACAGUAAAAAUACGGUUUAUUUAAGUGAUGUGCCUGAUGUUUGCAAAGAAAAGCCUUGCAUGCUGGGCGUUGAUGAAGCUGGUCGUGGUCCAGUGUUGGGACCAAUGGUCUACGGCAUAGCCUACUGUCCGCUGGAAAGCAAACAAGUGCUAGAAGACUUGGGCUGUGCAGACUCAAAACAGCUGAACGAGGAGAAACGUGACUCAAUCUUUGAUGAGCUCAAUACCUUGGACUAUGCCACCAGCUGCGUUGGCUGGGCGGUGGAAAUAAUAUCACCCAAUGUUAUUAGCAGCAGCAUGUUCAGACGCACCAAGUGCUCAUUGAAUGAAGUGUCUAUGGAUUCAGCCAUGGGCUUAAUACAGCAGGCAAUUGAUGCGGGCGUCAACAUAGCUGAAGUUUAUGUGGACACAGUGGGCCCACCAGAGAAGUAUCAGGAGAAGUUGCUCAAGCGCUUCCCCAACUUUAAGAUUACUGUUGCCAAGAAGGCCGAUUCCACUUAUCCCAUUGUAUCGGCGGCUAGUAUCUGCGCUAAGGUUACACGCGAUCAUGCGUUGAAGGUCUGGAAGUUCCCCGAAGGCCUUUUCAUCAAAGAUAAUGCUUUUGGCAGCGGCUAUCCAGGUGAUCCCGUAACCAAGCGUUUUCUUACAGAGCAAAUUGAUGCGGUCUUUGGGUACCCACGUCUGGUGCGCUUCAGCUGGUCCACGGCGGAAAAUGCGCUGGCAGAUAAAGCUUACAACAUGGAGUUUGAUGAACCGGACUCCGAGAAACCCAAAUAUGCCGGCACUAAGCUGACCAAGUUCUUUAAGGAAACUACUAAAACUGGCGAAGUGAAGCGUGUGGAGUGCCGACUGUUUAGGGAGUGUCAUCUAGAUAAUGUUGUGGACUUUUAGUUCUUA